AUGUCUACCUUGUAAAUUACCACGCAUAAAUUGCCUUUCAGAAUUUGUAUGUACACGAUGAAAGGAUCUAAUUCAUCAAUCAGGAUCGUCGUCUCCUCGCAUAAAUUUUAUUUCAGAAUUAUAAUGCAAUUGAUGUUAAUAAAAUUAUUAUAUCUCUGGUCAAAAUUGAAAUGUUAUGAUUUUGUUGAUCAUGCUACAAAAUGCAUUUCAUGUACUAUGCUUUUCAAAUUAAAUAGUUUCAAAGGAUAAAUGUAUAUGUAAUGAUGGAUAUUUUGUGGAUCAUUUAUUAUUAUCUUGUCAACCUUGCAUUCGCAUUCAUCUAAUGUUAAGAUAAUUGUAAUCAUUGUACUAAUUGUGCAAUAAAGUUUAUGGUGAGACUUCUAUUCCAAAUUAAUGUCUAUGUCUUAAUAACACUUAUGAAGUAUAUGUAACUAAAUAUUCAUAUAAAUUAAAUCUAAUUACCCAAUUAAUUACUAAUCAUUUAUUGUCACUUUAAUCUUAAAAAUUACUAUACUGACAAUGUUCAGGUACAGCAAAUAAUUUUUAUCAUGCAUUGAUAUUAAUUAAAGUGUUCUCGCAUCAAACUAAUAUUCGUGAAAUCCUAGCUAAAUAAUGAUUACAGUAAAUUUAAUAGCAUGUUUUAGUCCUUGUUUAUAAUGUUAAGGAAAUGCAAGUCAUUGUGCUGAAUGUAAAGAUUUAUUAAAUUAAAUAUAUAAUGAAGAAUUUUUAUGCCCUUCUGGAUAUUUGAAGGAUAAUUAUAAUUGUAUACUUUGA